CACAUAUUCAAGUCGAAUAAUUCAACAACUUAUCUAAUUGGCAAGUAACAAUUUCCCUGCGCUCGAGACGGGAAUUGUGCGGUCAAGUUGCUAUUGCCAAUCGCUGCUUGUGGAGCACACCUCUAAUAACAGUCACAUCUGUACUAGAACCCCCUUGUCGACUUGUAAAAUACCUGAAAUUUAUUUUAGGAACCAAAGAGGAUCGCCAUGCAACAGAUCCGGCUCCUUGGACAGCACCGAUCCUGCCUAGGUGGUCCUGGAAAGGCGCUCUAUAUUCAUAGGCAGGCAAUCUGCGGCCCCCAAGGUCCCAGAUGCUUCCAGAGAAGUGCAAAAAACCAGAAGCCCGCCUUCAGGCACGCCGUAACAUGCGAAGCUGCUCAGCUGGCCACCGCCAGUACCACUGCAGAAGCAGCACCUGCUGCGCCAACUGUGCAGAAUGACGGCCUCAUCUUUGGCUUGGGAUCCGAGGAUGCAUGGGACGAGGCUGUUGUAGGAAGCCCAGUGGUGCGCUGCUUCCUGGGCGAGGAUGGCAAUCGGUGGCUGAUGUGGUACAGCGGGAGGCUUGCGGGUGACCCCGGCCUGGACGCCGUGGCAGCUGCUGCCGGCUCCGUAGGUGUGGCGUCUUCGAGGGACGGCAUAGAGUGGACGAGGGGCCACGGCGAGAUAGAGGGUGCAAGGGGCGCGGCAAAAGAAGGGGAUGUGGGCAGGGUUUUGGCACCCAAUGCGGAGGACUGGUGGUGGCUUGACACUCGCCACAUGACAGUCUCAGACGUGCAGGUGUUCUCCAGUGAUGGCACGGCUGGCGGGGGCGUCUACUGGAUGUUCUACUCGGGAUCAAAUUUUGAGCCUGCCGCUUUCUGUGCUCGGUUCGCCCUGCCCGUGCACAGGGGUCGCGCGGGGCUGGCGCUGUCGCAGGACGGCAAGAAUUGGGCUCGCAUGGAAGCGGCACACCACACAGCAGCAGUGUUGGACGCUGGCGCAGAGGGCGAAUGGGACGCUGCAUUCAUCGGCUCACCCCAGGUGGUGGCAGUGGGUCCGCGUGACAUGCGCAUGUUCUACCACUCCUUCGACGCAUCCGCUCAGAAAUUUGUAAUAUAUGUUGCUAACAUGAUGUUCCAACUGGUUCAGGACGGCUUCAGCUGGAAGAGGCAGGGGCCGCUGUUCUCCGGGGGCGAUGACUCAGCGGCCUUUGACGGCGCCGGCGCCGCGGCGUGCCACGUCGUGCGCGACUUUGCCACCAAGCAGUGGAUCAUGUUCUAUGAGGGAGUUGCACGGGACAACGCGCGCUCAAUUGGCGUGGCUGUCUCGGAAAACGGGCUGUCCUGGCGGCGGCUGUCGCGGCCGGUUUUGAAAGCGGGUCCCCCCGGCGCGUGGGACUGCGGUGGCGUGGGAUCCCCAUGCGCUGUUCCCAUGGCAGAUGGUCGGUGGAGGUUGUACUACCACGGUCUGAGGCAGAAGGGUGGCAGCGCGUCCGGUGUUGGCCUGGCCCUGACUGACAAAGAGAGCAGCGAAGAGUUCGAGGGCGUCCGUGUGGCUUUCAACAAGCGCCCUCAGUCGUGA